UGCCCUGCCCCUGCACCGCGGUUUGCUUCGCAGGUUACCCGUGGCUUUUCUCGCUACCGUCGCAAGACGUUCGAGGACCUGCUGAUGCGAGACGCGGAGCAGACCGAGGCUACCUCGCACCAGCAGUCCCAGGCGCUACAGCAACACGACCAGCCGUGCUCGUCAGCGCCUUGUACGGAACCCGGCAACGACAACGACGCCGUCUGGGAGGCGUGCGAGCAGCAACCCGCCAAGCGCUCCCCUUCCCUGGCCUCGAGCACGCAGGCGACGAGAAAGUCGUCCAUGGCGUCCAAUUCGAAGUUCCGGCUUCACGACAGUAACGUGCCCCGGCGGAUAUCCAUCAUGGAGCGAGGCCACGUGGUGCUGCCAGGAAUCUCGUCGCCCACACCACCACGAGUCCGUGGCUUUGGAAACACGAGUGCAAACCUUUCUCGACGCAUGACGCUCUUGUCAACUGCAGCCAUGGACUCGGUCGGUCUCAAAGAAAUCGCUUCCUGGGAAACAGAGAGGUUCUCGCACUUCGUCCUGCACAUCACCAGCUGGGUGAUGAUCAUCUUCCCCGUGGUUGGCUGCGCUCUCUUGGCCUGUCUCUCCGUCAUGUACUUCGCCUUGGUGCGACAAUACGAUGCCGAAGAGGACGAGAAUGCGCGUUUAGAGAUCCUCAAGGUCAUCGAGAAGCAGAGUGAGGACCUUGGAGCACUGACGCCCGUCGAGCGUCUCGUUAUCGUCGUGGUCAUCGCGGCCGCUGCACUCUGGCUCGCCGUACACGUGAUCGCCCUCUUCGCUAACGGCGGACGCUUCACGAGCAUCAGCGAUCAGCAGACCUUGGUGUUGGACUACCUGCUGGUCGCACUGCUGUCGUCGGUCGCCGCCCAGUGGCCCGCAGGCCGAACAGAGGACGGUGCGGCCGCCCCCAGUCCGCCGUGCGCCGUCGAUUGGCGCGCGCUGGUGCCCCACAUACUUUGGGGACCGCUCAUCAUCCACGGCUCGGUGUCGUGCAUCGGACGUGCCCUGCAGGUGAGCGGUGCGGCGUACUGGAUCCAGGCGCUGUUGAACGAGUUCAACCUGUUCCCGCCGACGACGAUCCAGAUCGUGCUCACCGUGCUUUCCUCCGUGCUCACCGAGUUCGUCAGCAUCGACGUCACUGUCGCCACGCUGCUGCCCAUCGUCGUUGACCUGGCCCUGAAGGUACCCUGCAACCCGCUGUACUUCGCCAUUCCCGUGGCAGUGGCAUCGUCCACGACGCUCGUCCUGCCCACGGCCGCCAUGUCGAUCGCCAUCAUCGACGACGUGCUCACUCCGUGCCGGCGCAAGAUGCUCAUCCACGGCACGGUGGUGAAGGUGGUGACACUGACGUCGCUCAUCUUCUCGAUGAACACGGUGGGCGAGACGCUGUUCUCGUGGAGCGAGUUGCCCAGCUGGGCGCAACAGCAGCCGGCGCCCAACGCUUCCUCUGUCGCUGCCAUUCAGCGGCUCCUCUGGGGACUCUGAAACGCUAUGCCGCUCGCAACCACGCUUCUCUGCGCUGCGCCGUGACAGUCCACGCUGAACGGCCGACUACUUGUUCGCGAAAACUUUACCUGCAUUUAUUUAGUGACCUACGCAUGCCUAUGCACUGCUAAGUGUGACGGCUGUUGCCGUACUAUGCCUCUUACUGAGCCUUCUGGAAGACAUGAUGGCGUUUUUGCGUAUGGUGCGUGAGUGGCAAAGGCUGCGCUCCCAAACGAGGCUGCAGCACACUCGGACCUCUGCCGCGCCCUUUUGCCAAAAACAUUCGAGCCUUAUUCUUUCAUUCUGCUGGUGUAUGUAUGUUGAACAUAUAGUUCUUUUUUAAAGCUAUUGCUGUGAUCUUUCUACUCUUCAGACUGCCCUCCGAAACGUCAAAAA